AUGGAGAACCAGAAGAUCUCCGAUUUCCUGACUGAGCAGCUUUCACAAGCUCCGGAGCAGUCCCAACCCUUCUUCCUCAGCCUCGAAGACUACUGGGAGCGAAAGUUAUGGCACCAACUCACCGAUACCCUGAUCGACUUUUUCCGCACACCAGAGAGUGCUCCGCAGCGGUUAGCAAUCUUCAAGACGUUUGUCCUCAGCUUUGCGGACCGGAUCAACCAGCUCAAGUUUGUGUUGUUGGGGUUGAUGGCAUCAACGGGUUGUGCAGAUGACCAGGAGCGACUCUCUUUCCUUACAUCAUUGGCCGAUAAAGUCAACAAGCCCGACUCACAAGAUGCCUACGCCUACGCCCUUGCGGACGUUGCCAAUGUCAAGCAGCGGCUACAGGACUUUGACGGUGCAAAGAAGGACCUGGAGAUGUGCCAGCGGAUCCUGGACUCGUUUGACGCGGUCGAGACCGUCGUGCACGCUUCGUUCUAUAAAGUAAACGCAGAUUACUACCACGCCAAGCAAGAAUUCGCCUCCUUCUACAAGAACGCUCUUCUCUACCUCGCCUGCGUAAACCUGGAGGACCUGUCUGCAUCUGAGCGGGCCACCCGCGCAUAUAACCUCAGUAUCGCCGCUUUAGUGUCCGAUUCGAUCUACAACUUCGGUGAACUGCUGAUGCAUCCCAUCCUCGACUCGCUCACGGAGGCGCAAUACACCUGGCUGCGUGACCUCUUGUUCACCUUCAACCGUGGCGACCUAACCGCAUACGAUGUGCUGGCCGGCAACCUCUCCAAGGACUCCCUCCUGGCGCAGCACCGUAUCUUCCUCUAUCAAAAGAUCUCCCUCGCCGCCCUCACAGAGAUGGUCUUCCGCCGUCCCCCGCACGACCGCAACCUGACCUUCGAAUCGAUCUCCGCCGAGACAAAGGUGAAACCUGAGGAAAUUGAACAUCUGAUUAUGAAGGCUUUGUCGUUGGGUCUCCUCCGGGGCUCGAUCGACCAGGUCGCCCAGGUUGCUCAGAUCAACUGGGUGCAACCCAAGGUGCUGGAUCUGAAGCAGAUUGAAGCUAUGCGGAAUAGGCUUAAGGAUUGGGACGCUGGUGUUAACCAGUUGGGUCACUGGAUCGAGGGUGUUGGCAAGGAUGUGUGGGCUGCAUAG